AUGGAGAAGGGGGGGGGGCUCAAUUUGCGCCCUGUCUACUCACUGAGUAUCGCUCACCUACUCGUGCUAGGCAGCGUUCGAAUGGUGGCCACUCUUACUGCCUGCCAUGCAGACACCCGCGGCAUAGCGUAUCUCCUAAACGAUCGUGGCCUUACUUGCGGGGAUCUGCCACUUGGCAGGGUGCUUGGUACCGCUGUUAGGAGCAAACAGACCUGGUUAGAAGCUAGAAGCUGGGCCAAGCGGACAAAUGUACAGCGACAACAAACAGAACAAGGGUAUAAUAAAUGCAUAUGUGCAUAUGAGAUCCAUUUAUGCGCCAAGUUAGUCUUUUCACGCACUUGCAUGUGGCCUGAAGACAGGGAUAGAGGACAGCAGGCGUUGAAUAUGCCGGCCAGCUUAGCUGAAUGCCCUGGGCAUCGGCCCAAGACUAAUAAGCAGGCCAACUCGAGCAAAAGCAAAAAGACACGCCCACACAAGUCCCUAUCACUUUUCGAGGCGGUGUCGCCAAGCCAGCUCGCGGCAAGCAAUCCGUUGCUAGCUAUACAUCCAUCCCUUCCUGAUUAG